GCAUUCGAUAAUAUAGUCAUCUUACCUGUGCAAUCGGUAAUAUGUUUAUAUAGGUAUAUUAAUAAACAUGCACUGUUUGUGUUUAUUUAUACCGAUGUAUAAGGACUAACGCCUCCCGUGAAAGAAAGAUGUGAAAUGAAACUGUGUAAAUGAAAGUUGAUGGAUUUAGUUCUAAGAAGGAUGAAAUUGGAUUUCAAUGGCUGAAGGGGAGGCUAAUUUAGCCAGGGGUAAAACUAUGAUUGAGAGAAAGGACGGGCCUCCCCCGGGGAGGGAGAGAGAACCCCCAGCCCACGACAGCAGCAAAGACUUGUUUGGAGUUCAACUUGAGGUAACAUUUCGUCUCUUGGAAGCUGAGAAAAGAAAACUGCAGGUCCUACAGAAAGAGUUGGCCCAGUAUGAUGAAAAAGAACCACAGGGUUUACUGAAAAGACGAGAAGAAAAGCAGCUUGAAAACAACAUAAACCGGAUACAGCAUCAGUACAACCAGUUGGAGCAGGAAUACAGGAUAGCAGCCAUGGGGGUCCUACGACACAAAGGGCACGUCAGAAGGUCGUCCAGAAGUCAGCCAGCCAUAGGCCUGAAGCAAACAGCUAAACCCAGGCCAUCCAUCUUUGGAACAAUUACAAAAGACAAAAACCCCAAGGACAGGCGACUGAGGACUGUGAGCCCCCAGAUGCUCAGCUUCUCUCAGAUGUUUGAUCAUAGUCAGACGGGGAAUAAUAACAACAAUACGUGUAGCCAUUACUCUAAAGACCAGGCCUUGAUAUUCUCUGAUGGUAUACUAAUGGCAGGGACCAUGGAGGCUUUAAUUCAACAUCUUGUCCCCACAGAUGAAUAUAAUCCCGAUAAAACUUAUGUGUUUGCCUUUCUGCUCAGCUCUCGUCUAUUUAUACGACCUCAUGACCUUCUUAACGAAGUCUGCCAGGUGUGCAUCCUGCAGCAGAACCUAUCAGAAGAUGAACAGAGGAAAGAGAAAAUGGGCAAGUUUGGCCCAAAUAUCAUUCAGCUACUGAGUGAGUGGGCAGAUAUGUUCCCGUACGAUUUCCGGGAUGAACGGAUGAUGAAGAAAUUAAAGGAGAUCACGCAACGAAUUCUGGGUAUCUACCCUGAACUCCGACCUGAUGUCACCAAUAUUACACAUUCCUUGGUCAAAAAGCUGGCUGAAUUACAGAGUUACGAAGAUGAUUUAGCCAAAUGGAACAGCGAAGCAACUUCAAAGUCCCAAACUCAGGAAGUUCCAACAACAGAUAUCACUGAAAUUUGCCCAAGUCCUGUCGAGUUGGCUCAACAACUCACUCACAUAGAACUGGAGAGGUUAAGUCACAUAGGACCAGAGGAAUUUGUUCAAGCCUUUUCUAAAGAGUCGAGCACAAAAGAGCCCACCUACAAGGACAUGAAGAAAACUAGUAACCUGGAAGCUUACGUACAGUGGUUCAACAGGCUCAGUUAUUUUGUUACCACAGAAAUUUGCUCACAUUUAAAGAAAAAGAGUCGAGUCCGAAUCAUUGAGUAUUUUGUGGAUGUGGCUAAAGAAUGUAUAAACAUGGGCAACUUCAAUUCUCUCAUGGCCAUUAUAGCUGGGAUGAACAUGACCUGGGUCUCACGAUUAAAGAAAACGUGGUCCCGGGUAAACCGAGCCAAGUUUGAGAUUCUGGAACAUCAGAUGGACCCCACCAGUAACUUUGGGAUUUACAGGUCGUGUCUCAAGGCAGCUAUGUGGAGGUCUGAGAGUGCAGAGGCAGGCAGCAAAGAAGAAAAGAUUAUCAUUCCAUUCUUUAGUUUGUUUGUGAAAGACUUGUAUUUCCUGAAUGAAGCAUGUUCCAACAAACUUCCCAAUGGCGAUAUCAACUUUGAGAAGUUCUGGCAGCUGGCAAAACAGAUCUCGGACUUCAUUACUUGGCAGCAAUCUGAGUGUCCAUUUACAAAGAAUGACAAAGUGAUCAAUUACCUAUUAACUUCACCUGUGUUCUCAGAAUCAACUCUAGCCUUAGCAUCCUUUGAAUGUGAGGCCCCAGAAAAGAGUUUUGAGAAAGAGAAGCACAAACAGUUAAAAGCUAGUGCAGUAGUAUGAUUGGAAUUUCCAUGACACUGAAACAGGGACUUAGUGCUGCAUUCCAGGUCUUACAAGCCAUCCCAUUGGCUGAUCUCGUUCACUUCCUAGUCAUUCUUUGACCAAUCUGCUGUCAGCAUGUUUGGAAAGCCAUUCCAUGUUCAAGUUUAGAGACUUCAGAGCCAGUGACUAUAGAAUCUUACUUGUCAAGGAAAACUGAUUCACUGCCAGAAAAUAAAAUGCAAUAGAGGCAUUGUGGUAGACAUUUGCGUAGAGAACACUCUCUAUCAGUAAAUAGGGCAUAAAGACUUCUGGUCUCAAGGAGGAUUAUGGACUAAAAGUAUUAUUGUGUUCCUGGGUUGUCCAUAUGUUUAUUUAUAGAAAGCUUUAUCUGGUGUACUUAACAUCUUCAAUAUCCCUUUUAAAAUUUAUUGACCAAAGAAGCUUUUUAGGUUAUUUAUUUAUGGCAGAAUUUUUUUCAUUUACAAAACAUAUUUUCUUAAAAAGAACAAGUAGAAUUGAUUUGAAAUACAAUUCUACAUUUACACAUUAUUUUUUCUGAAUUUAUCUCUUUACAUUUAUUAUGAGAUUUUUUUGGAGGAAUCUAAUGAGUGACUUUGGUAUUUAUUCAUUAACUUCUCCCCAGGGACCAUGUUUGUAUUUAUAAAUGUACAGCAUACAUGUAUAUUGUAUAAAAGGUAUGCCAGAUGCAAGUAUUUAUUGCAGGAUUGUAUAGAACUAUUAAUUAAAAAUUAAAGUAAUUUUUUCUAAUAGAAAAUGUAAUUAUCUUUUGGAGAAAAUAGUAAUCUUUUUUUCCAUUCAUAAAUUUUCCUAAAAUUGUACUUUAUAUAUUUUUGCUUUGGAUUUGAGAAUCAUAUGUCUUUGAGAGUGUGUAUGAUUCCAUGUCUCAGUUAUUUAAGUGCUAUAUUUUAAUAUGUGCUGUCUGUAUCACAGUGUAUGUGAUAAUAAACUGUCUGACAAGGCAGAAUUUGAUCUCAGUCACUUCAACACAUUUUCAUUGCCCAUUCUAUCGUAAGAGACCAUAAUAUAACAUUCACAAUUUCACGGGAAAAAUAAAAAUGACCAUAUUCAUUCAUGCUAUUUGGUCCAAAGAAAAAUGUUUAUAUUUUGAAAGGUAUUUAUAUUUUGUAAUUAAAAGUAUUCUACAGUGCAAUGAAUGAGGAUUUGUACUGGAUAUGAUAUUUGCGGUCAGUACGUCUUAGUACAAUUGUAUAUCGAUUAUAAAUUGUUGUUAAACAGGUGGUUUACAGAAAGUUGUAUAAACUUACCUUUUGUUUGUUAUUAUAUAUAUUGUUAUCAAGUAUUGUACAUACCUGAUGUAAAAUGGGAGUUUUUGAUCUACUUGAAUCUCUCAUUGAAUAAAUUAUUGAAAUGAA